GCAUUGUAGCGUGUCACGUCACAGUCGAUUCAGAGGAGUAUGACCUGUACGAGUAAUACUAAAGAAAAUUGCGGUCUCCGCCGCCACUUUUGAGCGAGCCUCCACACCUCCACCCUCCUUCACUCGAUCCUUCGUUGGCUACCUGUCGUGAUCUCUCUUCUAGGUUUAAUUCUUCUUCGACCAUGUCCUGUGGAUCCAAGAGGCAGGCAAUUCCUGAGUGGGUGACAUCAACCCCCCCACCACUCGCACGAGUCUGGUCCCACCACUUUAAAUCUGAGGCAGGCCGGCGCGGAGCAGCACCGAAAUUUUUCAUGGUGGCAAGCCUUGGUAAUAACCAUUUCUGCGACCCGCGCCAACACAACGAACAAAUCCAAUGAUCGUUUGCGACGCGUUCGUGGUUGCACUCAAGCCCAACAUACAUCAUUUGUCAUCAAUGAUCCACAAGACAAGGAAAAACCUCUGCUUUCUGGUGGUGAUGUUGUGGCUACUCUUCUGCGCACUGGAGAAGGCAUGCAUGAGCAUGUCACUCUAGCCUUGCUGUAUGUGGCCCAACUUCUUCCACGAGACGAUACCGACAAGACUCGAUACAUUUCUAUCAGCCCGAGUGACCUGUCAAAGUUCAAUGUCGAGGGUCAGAUUAUGCUUGUCAAGCACUCACAGAGCCCUAUUGACCAUGCAGAGGUAAUACAAUGGUCCGGAAAGUUUGUCCCUGGCAAGGCAUGUGAACCAGUCAACCAUCGCCUUUUCCCCAAUGUCUCUGGUGAACUGGACGCUUGCGAUGGGGAUACUGCCGGGCAAGUUCAGCAGGAAAGAUCUGUAUCGAUGAGUCUGGUCUGGGAGUAUCCUGUUGAGGAGCUGGCUGUCUUAAUCGACGUCCUGUUUCGCGGCCAUUGCAAGGAGAAUGACAAGGAGAACGGUAAUAAGAGAACUUCCAGCACUGUCUCACAGGUCAUCAAGGAACGGUUCCCGUAUUCGUCAGAAGAUGGGCGUCUUUUGCUCGAAAGUGCGCGUGCAAGAGAGGAGAUUGUCGCUAAGCUAGACGUUCUGUGCUAUCAGUGUAAUGCUGAGACCACACCCCAAAAACUGCGCGCGCAUGUUGGUGCCCACAUCCUUGCCUACCACUACCAGACGGGCAUCCCAAAGGCCCAGAAACCGGUCGGGAAGCACUAUCCUUGUGGUUUUUGCGGUCGAGAAGGCUGCACCCUCCUCCUUAAGGCCUCCAGGAGCGGGAAAACCCCUCAAGCGUCUUCCAAUUGUCCAAGUUUCCAGUCGUUUCAACAGCUGAGUGCCUUGAAAUCAAAAGAAUGCAGCAAUGCACCUGUACGCUGCAAAGAGGUCGGUUGCGAACAGGUACAUUGGAAGUACAACAUGAGGUACCAUUACGAGUACGCUCACGUUGGUACACCAAUGCCUGCGAAGUACCGAAUAGGGAGGGAGGAGCUGGUCAGGAUGAAGGUGAUGACCAAGGAGAAGAAAAGGGCGGCCCCUGUGCUUUCUGGGUCUAGCGAUGAGGGGGAGAGUAGAACGGUGGAGACUGUGGAAGGGAAACGGAGGAGGAAGUAUACCAAGAAGGGGGCGGCGGUGAUGAAGGAGUGAACAUAGUGCGGUGUUUUGGCCAUCAUGUUUACCUAUUUAUAGCAUUAUAUUUAUGCACGGUACUCCACAUUUCCCC